UAGGCGUGUUUUGCUCUUUAAGCAUCGUUUAAACUGUUUUAUUUGAUAAAAACGGGCUUUAAGGGUGACUGUAUGUUAAUGUUCGAGUGCGGUUCUUUGUUUCUGCGGCAGUCUCGGUGGAGUUCCCGGUUUGCUGCGCUUGUUGCGGGUGUAUUUUCUGUGUUUGAGCCCCUCCUCUGCUCUGCUCUGGUCGGUUCGGUUCGGUCGCUGGAGGUUGAUGUCACCGGCAGAGAGAGUCUUCAGGACAGGACAGGACACAACUAGGUGAAACUGGUCAGGAGGGAAGCUAAAGAAGGCGAUGUUGCAGCUGAGGUUUUGCCUGCGGACGCUGAGGGAAGCCUGCUGAUACAGUCCAGUUGGCUUGUAGGUAUUGUCAAGCUGAAAGGUUAAGGUAGCGUCAUUAUUUUUAGAUCACUUCGCUUUGAGCUACACACACAAAAAAAAUGUCGUCUCCAAGUCCRGGCAAGAGGCGAAUGGAUACCGACGUGGUGAAACUCAUUGAGAGCAAACAUGAAGUUACCAUCCUGAGUGGACUCAACGAGUUUGUGGUGAAGUUUCACGGACCGCCUGGAACUCCGUAUGAAGGAGGAGUUUGGAAAGUUCGAGUCGACCUGCCAGAUAAAUACCCCUUCAAAUCACCAUCAAUAGGAUUCAUGAACAAAAUCUUUCAUCCCAACAUUGAUGAAGCGUCAGGAACAGUAUGUUUAGAUGUCAUUAACCAGACGUGGACAGCUCUUUACGACCUCACCAACAUCUUUGAGUCGUUCCUCCCUCAGCUGCUCGCCUACCCCAACCCCAUCGACCCWCUGAACGGUGACGCCGCCGCCAUGUACCUGCACCGGCCAGAGGACUACAAACACAAGAUCAAAGAGUACAUCCAGAAAUACGCCACAGAGGAGGCUCUAAAGGAGCAAGAGGAGGGCGGGGGCGACUCGUCUUCCGAGAGCUCCAUGUCGGACUUUUCGGAGGACGAGGCUCAGGAUAUGGAGUUGUAGUGAAGGAGGAGGCGCCUUCACCUCGCGGCGGACUACAGAGCAGAAACUCAGUGCUAUAUUCAUAUUUAAACAAGACAAUUUUUUUACAGCGACAUGAGGAUUUUUAUCGCUACACGAGGUUUUGCAGUACGAGGGAAGAUAAAAAGAAAAAGAAAAACCAAUCCCACGUUUAGGAAUUCAUCCCCGUCAGCCACUCUUUUUGUGCAUUGAGAGACUCUGCUUAGAUCAGAAUGAUGUGCUUUAUUAUUAUUUUUUGAUCUUUCGUGGAAGUUUGAUCGAGUCUGGACUGAGCUGUGAGACGGACACAGGAGGACCCGCUUUUACUACAGGCCACACCUUUCAUUUUUCUGUUUCUUUGUUUUCUUUUUUCUUUCUGGUUAUCUGAGUUGCUCACAACAUCUGUGCAGCUUGGAUGCACGAGGAACGUCCCUGUCUUUUUUUUUUUUUUUCCCACAGCGCCACCACGAACAGCUGCAGAGCGGUUGCACCUUCAAAGAAUCAAAGUGUGCUCRGUGUACAGACACGUAACAGGACGACUCUGCAACCCUGCAGACGCCACACACUUCAGCCAUGAAAACUCACACACACACUACGAUAUGUGUGUGUGUAAUAACCUUUGUGUUGCAGGGCACUGAUGCUCAGCAGAAAUCAGGAGAGAGGUUCACAAAUUCCUCUGCUCAGCUCCCACUUCCUCCUCCUCCUCCUCUCCGUUUUAGGAAAGCGUUUGUGUUUCUCUGAGUAUCUUUGUGUUUGGCGGCGUGGUUCAGCAGUUGAAGUGUGUGUAACGCGGCGGGGAGGGCGCCYGGCUCGGGAUCAUCGUUGGAACUUCAUAACUGCUCGUGUUGAACUCUAAUAGGUGUCUGACUUGCGUAGGGAUAGUUAGUAUCUUUGCAGGUGGUGAGUCCUGUCACAGUGUUUGGUUUAAUGCGUCGGUAAAAACACGCAGGUUCAAAAAUCUGUUUUAUUUUUUUUCUCUGAUAAACGUUGAGAGUUCUUCAUCUGCGGGACGACUCUGCUGAAUCUAAUCCUCCAAAGAUCUGGUGCUCCUCCUCCACACCUCCUAAAUGUGACUGUCACACUUUUAUCUGAAAGAAGCCUUUUUUUUUCCCAGCCUUUCAUCACGGUCACAGUUUUUCUCUUUAUUUAUAGUGUUUGUUUUUAAAAUGAUGGGACCAAAAUAAAUCAGAUUUAGGAGGGAGUUUAAUAUGUGGAUAAAGAGGUGAAAUUGAGGGAAAAAACGUUAAAAAAUGCUGCCCGAACAAAAAGGUCAAACUCUCGGCUUUCUGUCUGAUUGAGCUCAGGCCUGAGUUUCUUCUCCGUCAGACACUGAAACAUGCGGUCCUGAUUUCCGCCUGUAAAUCUUUACUGACAGAGUCCUGAGAUUUAACCGUUUGUUGAACUGAUAAUCCCUUUAAAGAAAACAUUAGCCUGUUUUAUGUGGACCUGUGAGGAGCAAACAUUAAGAAAAUCUGAUCAAACUAACGUUUUUGUGACAUAAGUAGUAUUUGUACCAAAUAUUCUGCGUGUUUAAAAUCGCAGUUUUCACAAGCAACAACAACAAAAAAAACUGUUCCACAUUAUCAUCUGGAUUUAUCAUUUAAACACAUUUAUUCGAUGCUUAUAAUUUGUCUGAAUGUUUUUAUUUUUUCUCUUUUUAAGCCCUGUGUACAGGAUACGGAUAUCCCUGACUUUUAAAAAGGCAAAAACAGUCAAUAAAUGUGCUUCCCUUGUAACUUGAAGAAAGAAAUAAACAAUAAAAAACAUAAGUGUUGUUGGCGUUUACAGGUGGGGCAGGGAGAGUUUGUGUUUAGAAGUUGUUUAUCUUUUUUUGCUGAAUUUAAGCUUGAAUAAAUUUAGCUGUUUUCAUUAAAA